CACAAAACUUCUUUUUUGUUGUUGUAAAAGUGGCCGCAGAAGCAGCAGAAGCAGCAGUAGAAAGUUGACCACUUUCCCUUUUUCACAGCCGACUAUCCGUCUCUUCAGAGCUUCAUCGCUGAUGGGCGCGGCUGGGGGACCUUUGCCCAAAUCUCUCUGUUCUAACUCGCCUGGGAAAGUUUCGCGAAGAAAAAAAAAAAAAAAAAACCCGCACAAAAGAACCGAAGGCUUAAAGACCGUCCCACCGCGGCGCGUCCGCUUCACAUAAACGCGCUCUCCCUCCGCUGCACCCGAACGCUCCGUCCGUCCCGGCAGGAAUCGGGCUUUGAUUGUUUGUUUGUUCGAGCUGGCUGAAGAUAAAAUGGGAUGGACGAGUUAACGAGACAGAUGGACUUCUCAGGAGGCCUGUCAGAGGAAAAGGUCGUGCGAGAAACGGUAACCUCCACGUCCAGGCUGACUUCUCUACCACCAAAGGGAACCAGUGGAUCAAAUCACAGGAACAUGUCCAGCGGUGCCGGGGGGUUGGGCUUGGAGAAGAAUGUCUUAACCCAAAACAGCAGUGGAACUUAUUUCACUUCAUCGACUGUAGGUGUGAACACCAACAGCUACGGCUCCUCUUCAGGAGUCUACCUGGGAGGAGACUCCUCGGGAGGUGAUGGAGGGGGGAUCUUCAUAGACGGAGAGGGGUACGGAAGCGCAGGAGGAGGAAGAGGCGGAGGAGGUGGCGGAGGAGGUGGAGGAGGAGGCAGUUAUCUCGUCAGCUCGGUGUCAAAGGUCAGGUCCAGCUCGUCGGGUGGUGCCAGGAGAGCGCAGACCGCUGCCUCGUCAGGAGGCCUGUCGCCAGCUUCCCGGGAGAGGAAGAGCGUAUCCGGCCGCUCGGGAGGUUACGACGGAAGUUCCAGCGGCAAUUCCUCCCCAGAGUUCACCCGUAAAGAUUAUGGAAUCUAUUGCUCCAGUGGCACAAGAGGGAGGAGCGAAAGCAGAGAGAGCGAGAUCAGAGCCAGAUUACAAAGUGCCUCUCCCAGUGCCAGCAGAUGGACUGAGUUGGAUGACGUGAAGAAGCUGCUGAAGGGACGCUCCUGCAGCGUCAGCCCCACCCGCUCCUCCAGCGCCUCCGUCACCCUCCCUGUCCCUAAAAAGGCCAGCGUGGAAACCAAGACCAUCUCUGUGGCCUCUCAGUCGGGUUUGACCUCGUUUGGCUCUGGUGUGAGAUCAGCCGGGUUCCAGACCAUCGAUACAUCAGGCUUUUUUGAUACUGGUCUGACAUCUGAGCAGUUUGAUUCUGGUGUAAAACCAGGCCACUAUGAUGUCACCCUGAAAUCUGGGCAACAUGAUACUGGCGUUAAAUCGGGCCACUAUGGUGUUGGUCUGAAAUCAGGCCAGUAUGACACUGGUGUGAAGUCAGGACAAUAUGACACAAGUUUAAAAUCAGGGCAGUAUGACACCACUGUGAGAUCAGCCCAGUAUGAUACUGGUGUGAGAUCAGCCCAGUAUGAUACUGGUGUAAGAUCAGCCCAGUAUGAUACUGGUGUAAGAUCAGCCCUGUAUGAUACAAGUGUAAGAUCAGCCCAGUAUGAUACUGGUGUAAGAUCAGCCCAGUAUGAUACUGGUGUAAGAUCAGCCCAGUAUGAUACUGGUGUAAGAUCAGCCCAGUAUGAUACUGGUGUGAGAUCAGUCCAGUAUGACACCAGUGUGAGAUCAGGUCAGUAUGACACGCUGGACGCUACACUUCCCACUUUCUCUUGGUCCACCACGACUCUGCCAUCCGCCUCCACCACAGUGAUUGCCGGCAACACCAGCAGCAGCUACGCGUACCAAGGAGGCACCAACAACAUGGCCGGCGGGACGUCCCCGGUCGGCCUGACGUCUCCAUCGUCCCUGUCAGUUUACGGCUUCCAGAAUAAUCUGGCUUCCACUUCUCCCAGUGUGCUCACCACUAGUGGAGGCAACGUACAUGCCACCGUUGGAGGUUAUGGCGUUCAGAAGAACUUGUCAAAUGGCGGCGGUGGUGUGGUCAGCUCUGGCGUCUCUACAACCACCAGAUCCCAAGCUGAUGAUUCGUAUAAGAAAGACUACAAGUUCCUGGUCUCUGACAAGGAGAACGCUCCAGUCAAGAGGGAUGCAGAGAUGCUCAUUUUGGCUAAAGACAGCGGGAAGCAUUUCACCAGCAGCAGCGUUCAGAUGGGAGGAGGGUCGAUAUCAGGAGAUUCAAUGAUGAAAGAGAAGCUUAUUUCAAGCUACAGUGAGACAAUGCCACUGAAGACAGAGAAAGGCAACUCCUACUAUGGUUCAUCUGGAGUUGUAAUGAAAGACAAAGCCACCUAUGCAGAGAUUCACAAGGAGAACGGCAUCUUCGGAGGGGGAGGACUGUGCUGCUGCUCCGACGCCUGUUGCUCUUGGUGGAAAUGGCUGCUGGGUCUCCUCCUCCUCUCCCUGCUCCUGCUGGGGCUCCUGUUUGGGCUCAUUGCACUGGCUGAAGACGUGAGAUCGCUGAAGAAUCGAGUGUCUACGCUGGAGGCCGAGUCCUCGGUGGCUGCCGCUCGUACAAGCCGGUUCUCCGCUUCCUCCAAUGACAUCAACACCUUCGGGGCAGCCGGAGCCGGAGGUGCCGCGCACUCUGACAACGUGCUGCACGUCAACGCUGGAGGUGGAGGCUCAACCUCCAAAACUCGAAUCGGCAUUGCAGCGGGGCUGCUGCUCGUCUGCGAAUCGGCGUCGACGUCAUCGUCGGAGCCGGUUCCGCUGGCAACGGUUGGGGCCGCGGGGUCACUCGGGAGCGGUGCUGCAGGCGGCGGUGCUGCAGGCGGCGGUACCAGCUUUAGUGGCAGUUCAGGCAGCAGUGGCAGUACUGGUACCAGUUCCAGCAGAAGUUCUGGCAGUUUCGCCAGUUCUAGCAGUUCUAACAGUUUUGGCAGUUCUGGCAGUUCUGGCAGUUCUGGCAGUUCUGGCGGUGCUGGCGGUGCUGCCAGUGCUGGCGGCACCAGCUUCAGUGCCACUGAUCUGGGGACGGGAGUAAGCAGAGGACAAAUAGACGCUGCCGCUCUUCAGAUGACAAUCCAGCAGAUGUUGAGAAGUGAAAUGAAUUCACAGUCAUACAGAGCUUUUAUAGCGUCAUCGGUGCAGGGAGAGCGAGGACUGCCUGGACCUAAAGGGGACUCUGGAUUUAAAGGAGAUUCUGGUUUCCCCGGACUUCCAGGUGCUCCGGGUGCAACUGGACGUGCCGGCCCUGAAGGUCCAAAAGGACAGAAAGGAAGCCAAGGUGAUCACGGACUGGACGGCGCACCGGGCGUCAGGGGUCGCGAGGGUCCUGCUGGCUCCAGAGGUGAACCAGGACCUUCAGGCUUUGGAUCGAAAGGUGAAAGAGGAGCCCCCGGGGAUCCUGGGCCCGUCGGCCCGACUGGACAAAAAGGUGUUCCUGGAGUUCAUGGUCUUUCUGGAGCACCAGGUAUCCAGGGCUUCCGUGGCGAGGCAGGGGAACCUGGACCUAAAGGUGACAGAGGCCCUGCCGGACUUCAAGGACUUAAAGGUGAAACCGGUGACACAGGUCUCCGCGGUGUCAAAGGUGAUUCUGGGCAGCACGGGGCGGCAGGAGAGAGAGGACCCAAAGGGUCCAUCGGGGACACUGGACCUGCUGGGCCACCCGGACUCAGAGGUCCUACUGGGCCUCCUGGAGAUGCAUCACUUCUAGGAGUCUCUGGGUUCCAAGGACCACCAGGGAUACCGGGGAGUCCAGGAAGACCGGGCCCUAAAGGGGAAACAGGUGAACCAGGAAGGGUCAUCAAUGCAGCUGGCUCCACGUCUUUCGGCAUUCCGGGACCACCGGGGCCUGCUGGCCCUCCCGGUCCCGCGGGUCCUCAAGGAUUAUCAGGUCCCGUUGGCCCCGCUGGUCCGCGCGGCCUAACUGGGGUUAAAGGUGACAGGGGAUCCAGAGGAGAGCAGGGAGAACAAGCAAUAAGUGUGAGAACAAGUGAAAGCUCAAGGCAGUUCAGUGCCAGUGGAGGUUCAGGACAACCCGGCCCACCCGGCCCACCGGGUCAACCUGGACGUCCAGGGGAUUCGAGACAAGGACCCCCAGGACCACCUGGGCCUCCAGGUCCUACAGGAUAUGGAAGACCUGGACCUAAAGGAGACAAAGGAGAUGCAGGCUUUGCAUCCAGUGGAAAUCUAUAUACUGGACAACCGGGACCACCCGGACCCCCUGGACCUUAUGGGCCCAAAGGAUCAACAGGAAGUCCUGGACCAAGAGGUUACCAAGGUGAACCAGGCCAACCAGGUGUGCCCGGUACCCCUGGAAGCUCUGAGAGAGUGUCGACUUACAGCGCAGGAAACGGGAUCCCUGGACCACCGGGUCCACCGGGACGUCCUGGACUUCCUGGGCCACAAGGAAUUAAAGGGGACACAGGAGCUCCUGGCUUUUCUGGCUCUUCAAGAGGCUCCAUCUCAGUCACCUCAGGGCCUCCCGGCCCGGCAGGUCCUCCGGGUCCUCCUGGCCCCACGGGCUCCUUUUCAACUUCUAGUGAGAUGCGUCUGUACAUCAGUGACUAUCUAAGUAGAAGCAGACAGUCUAGUAUCCCCGGACCUCCAGGUCCACCUGGACUUCCAGGAACCCCAGGAACCCCAGGAACCUUCUCAGGCUCUAUCGAUGACAUCGCCACUCGUGUCAUUGCAUAUCUACAACGUUCUGGCUCAGGCUCCAGCAUUGGUCGUCAGGGUCUUCCAGGACCACCUGGUCCACCUGGACCCGGCUCUGGGUCCCUGACGGUCAGCGGUCUCAUUAUGAUGCUUCAGAGAGACGAUGUGAGGAGAUAUCUAUCCGGACCACCAGGGCCACAAGGACCACCGGGACCACCCGGCCAAUCAGGUGGCAUUUCAAGCAGUUACAAUAUCGAGGAGAUAGCCACAUACGUCUUUAAUACGAUGAGAGAAAGAGGGAUUGCAAGAGGUCCGCCCGGACCGCCCGGUCCUGCUGGGCCUGCUGGUGCCGGGGGCUCUGGCUUCACUACCGCUACGAUUGACUAUACCGCACUGAUGAGAAAUUCAGACUUCCGCUCUUGGAUUAAUUCGGCGGUACAACACGGCCCUCCUGGUUCGCCUGGUGUCCCGGGGCAACCUGGCCCCCCUGGUCCUCAGGGGCCAGCAGGAGUCUCCACUUCCACUGUGAUUGGGUCGGGAGGUCGUGGCUACAGUUUGGAGGAAAUUCAGCGUUACCUGCAGAGUUCUGGUUUCCGAGGUAUUGCCGGCCCUCCUGGUCCUCAGGGUCCACAGGGACCUCAGGGUCCACCAGGCAGUUACAGUGGACUGAUUUCCUAUGAUGGAAAUCGGGAGCGUCUUCGCGCCGAAGUUCAAGAGUACCUGACCAGUGACGUUGUCCGUCGUUCCAUCAUUGGACCCCCGGGUUCUCCAGGGCCGAGGGGUCAGAAGGGAGAACAAGGAGAGCCGGGCUACACCCAGGGCUACGCCCAGAGCCAGAGCUACGCCGCGAGUGACCCUAGAUACGGCUCUGAGCGCCGCAGUGCCGACAUCAGCAGGCUCGCUGAGAACCUGGAUUACUCCAGCGUCGCCAUAAAAGUCACAGACUACAUCAAGAAUCAAGGCCUGCUGCAGGAGUAUCUGGUUGAGGGCCCUUUGAGGGCGAAUGUGAGAGCAAUCCAAGGCCCUCCCGGUCCACCUGGCCCCGCCGGACCUCCCGGUCAGAGCCGCGUCAUCGGUUCCUAUGGCAACGUCACGGCUGACCUCAUGGCGUUCUUCAGAACGUACGGCACCAUCUCCGGACCUCCAGGGGGCCCUGGACCAAAGGGUGACAGAGGGUACCCGGGACCCAGAGGAGAAAAGGGUGACCCCGGGCACCCAGGUUUGGCGGGACUACCGGGGGCCUACACUGUCCAAAUUCCACACCGGGUGCAGAAAAGGGAUGCAGGUGGUAAAGUCGUUGGUCGUCGCCACCGUCGUCACGCCAACGGUGGCUAAGCAUACUGCUGGAUCAAGUCAGAUUCAUUUUUAGUCAACUUUUUUUAACGUGUUUUAACUGUAGCAACGCAAGUAGUUGAAUAGCUUCUAAUUGUUGCCAGCUGUAGAAAAAUCACCUGAUAAUUUAAUAAAAUAAAGGGGGUUAAAAUGUAAUUUGUUUAAAGGGCUAGACUAGAGGCAUGGAUUAAGCUGCUGGCCGGUGUCGUCACACAGACUUGAUUAUUUUAGACGGGUGUAUAAUGUUUACUUUUCUAAUCAAGCUUGCAAUCCAACUUCCUUUGCAGGUGCACCUUUGUUUAAGAGGGUAUCUAUCAUUAAGCAAUACAUAGUAGUGGUAGUUUAAGUAUUUUAAUUGCACUUUGCCUCUUUUCGCAACACUCAUGUAAAUUGAGUUACUGGUGUACGUUUGUUUUUUUAUGUGUGUUAAAUGGUAAAUCAAGGAAACCCUUCAACAUUUCAUGAAAUACUUAAAUAUUGGCAGAUUAUCCAUAUAAAUCUAGCCAUUUUUUAUCUAUUCACCCUGAAUAAAUUAUAAAACAAAAAAUUAGUAAAUACAUAAAGGAAUGCAUCAUUACCAUAAUCAUUUGUGCAGCAAGCGGACUUUGCUACAGUAAAUAUUGCUGUAGUGAAGACUAAUGAUUUACUUUAGUUUGUUGGUAAAAUAAAUACAAUUGUUUGCAUCGUUGAAAAAGAUCGGACUGUAUAUUUUUGUAUGAGAACGCACUGAAAUUGAUAUAUUUUCUUUAAACCAGUAAGUGUUGAAAAGAUUCAAUCAUAAAAUGUUCCCAUGUCAUGUUUAUCGUAAUUCACUAAUUAAUUCAUCUGAUCAAUAUAUUUGAAGAAAAAUAAAUCUAUUUUUGGA